GCGCCGGCGACGCCAAGCAAGCGCCAGAAGAAAGAGCGAGGGGCCGCAGCCGCCCCGCCCGACGCGGGGGCAGCACUCCCCGCGCACCCUGCGCAUUCAGCCGCGGAGCCAGUGAGGGUCCAGUCAGGUGCAGUUCUCCCCAACACAUCCUGCGCUGAUCUGAGUUGCUUCCAGUCGGCAUUCGACGCAGCCAGCGCGCAAGCUCUGCGCGGCGAAGUAGCGCCCGAUGAGGUCGAGGCGCUGCGUUUCACGCGUGAGGCGCUCGGCCGCCGCUGCGCGCAGCCGAAAUGCGCGGGCGCACAGUGCGAGUGCAUGGAAGCGUUGCGGUGGAGCGCCGCGCGUAGCCUACGCCAGCGCAUCGAAGAACGCGAGGAGCGCGUUCGGCGCAUCGAAGCCCGGGCGGCGCACUUCGAGGCGUCCGGGGGGGCCGAGGCCGCGAGAGAGGCUGCGCCGCCAGAAUUCAGGCCGCUUAUCGCAGGCGUCAACAUUAAGGAAUUGGCACGUGAGUCUGAGUGGCACGACGCAGAGUGCAUCGACUUCUUCUCGCGAGGCGCCCCUCUGUUGGGUAACUUAGAAUACAGCGGCAACGGUCGCGCGCUCAGCCCGGAAGAGCGCGCGGGCGACACUAGCGCUGAGGUAGCCCGUUUGCGUGCCAGCGCGCUCGCGUGCAACGACUUGAUACUUGCAUCAAUUCGCGAGGAUCCCCUCGCCAGCGAGCUGCUCCGUAAGACGCGGGAGGAGGCGGACUUGGGUAGGAUGUCUCCGCCGCGGGCUUUUAGGCCCGACGUCUCCGCGGCCGAGCUCGCCGCUGCUUGGGGCGAAACAAUUCGUCUGGUGCCCAGGUUUGGGGUCUCACAACCGAAGCCCGACGGGUCGCUGAAAGCGCGCCCGGUGGAUGACUUCACGCGCUCCAGGGUGAACGGCGCGUGCGCUCCUGCCGAGAAAUUAAGCGUAGAGGGCGCGGACCAGCUGGUAGCGGUCGCGCGCGCCUUCUUCGAGUUGCACGGCGCACUUCCUGAGCUGUGGAAAGCGGGCGUAGAUUCCGCUUACCGCCGCAUCCCGUUGGCCCCCGCCGAUAGGUGGGCCGCUGUCAGUGUUUUCAAGGAGGGCGGCCGCCUGUGGUGCUCGCAGCACCUGGUCUGCCCGUUCGGCGCGCUGGCAUCUUGCCACGACUGGGACCGCGUGGCCGCCAUGCUCUCGCACUUCGCAAGGCGGCUCGCCAAGCUGCCAGUUUCGCGAUACGUAGACGAUUAUUUUGCGCCGGAUCGCCCCGGCGCGGCCGACCACGCCAUGCGGUGCUUCGCUCGCAUCGUCAGAGCCGCGCUCGGCAGCGACGCAGUAGCCGACGCGAAGCUGGCGCGCGGGGCCCAGUUGGUCGUGUUGGGGCUGCUCAUCUCUUUCUGUGCGCAGGGCGUACGCUGCGAGCCAGCGUGCGACAAGCGGCUCAAGUGGUCGUUCGCCAUCCGGCAUGCUUUAGAGUGCGGCACGUUGCACCAGGGCGCUGCGAAGAAACUCGCGGGCGCUCUCGCACGGGCCGCGCAGCACUUGUUUAAGCGCUUGGGCAGAGCAAUGCUCCGCCCACUCUUCGCGCACCAGCACAAGCGCUCCAAUCCUCUGAUGCGGAAUUUCAAGCGCAGACGCGACGGCCAGAUUAUGGGCCUCGAGGUCUUGGCGGUCGCAUCAGGCUUGUCGUCUUUUGAAGAGCGACUGGCAGGUCGGGCGCUGGAAGUGUUCUCGGACAAUUCGGGGGCCGAGAGGUCAGUGGCGCGCGCGAGCGCCCGGGACUGGGAUCACGCAGCCCUCGUCCGCGGCAUUUGGUCUCUCGCGGCGCGCAUGUCCCUGUCGAUGUGGGUGCGCCGCGUCCCGUCCAAAAGCAACAUCUCGGACGGGCCGUCCCGCGAGGUCUACAGUCUCUUGCACCUGCUCGGCGCGCGCCAGGUGCCAGCGGUGCUCGAUGCGCGGUUUCACGCAGCCGAGGCCUGGGAGGCGCU